UAAAGAGAGAGAAAGAGUUAGAAAUCAAAAGAGAGAGAGAGAGAAAAAAAAUGAGGCCAAUUAACACUUUAUCAUCAUCAUCAACAACAACAACUCAAACCAAUGAGAUUAAGAUAUGGCAAUCUCCAAUUCCAUAUCUAUUUGGAGGCUUAGCCAUAAUGCUAAUUUUAAUUUCAGUUGCAUUGGUGAUCCUUGUAUGCUCCUACAAAAAACGUGGUUCUUCUUCUCAAUCAUCAAAUUCAGAUGAAGAAAUGAAACAGGUAAUGUCCAAGAACAUAGAGAAGAUUAAUUCUGAGCCAGAAGUACUUGUGAUUAUGGCUGGAGAAGAUAAACCAACUUACAUAGCCAAACCAAUUAUUAUCACUACUUCUUUACCUUAUUGCACUUGUGGAGGUGAAUCAACUUCAACAACAUCUUCAUCAACCUUAACCAAUGAGGAAAUUACAUUGACUAAUUAAGUUGUUGUAAGCAACAAAAUUUUGAUUUAGUAUAGAGAGCGCUUCCUUUAUCAUAUAUUCUAGUGGUUUUGUGAGCACUUGAAUAUGAUCACUUAAGAUGACUUUUUUGUUUUCUUUCUUUCUUUCUAUUUUUGUUUUAUUAUUUUGUUUUUUGCAUGAAGUUUUGGUUUUGAUAAUGAAGGGAUGGCGACUUACUUUGCUACUAA